UCAAGGUGUGCGCAUUUUCGAAGUAGGCCUAACUGCUUUGCCGUUUUCCUUCUAAGUUAACGGUUAUAUCAAUGGGGCCGAAAAAGCUAUGAAUAUAAAGUGAUGUCGGCAUCACAAAGAGGACUUGAACCAAAGAUGUCCCAUAUUUGGCAUAACCUCAUUCGUAUAGGUAUAUAAUGACGCGUGUGCCAAAUAUGGGAAACAAAAUGGCGACGCCUGGUGUGAAAAUUAAAAAAAAUAAAUCGCGGGUUGAAAAGAAUUCCUGUUUUUUUUUGGAACAUUCCUUUGCGCCCGUAACGCUACCUUGGCUCAGAUUCGAAAGUUGUCUUUCUGUGUGCUUUUGAUGCACGUGUGGUGUACACCUCGAAAUCCAGGAGCUGAGGUUGAUGUUUCGGAUGACAACAAGUUUGCUGGUGCUUGUUUGCAAGUUCUCUUUCAAAUCGAGCAAUAUUUUCAUUAAGAUCACUUAACAUCACUUUCCGAUUUCUCGAUUAUUACCUCAAACGAUAAGGGCACGUCGUAAACUUUCGUUUGUUUGUGAAAAGUCAAGUAGAGACUAAACGAUGGCGGACCAACAGAACCGGCCUGUCCCACAACAAGACUUUGAAGACCUCAAGGGAAGAAUGGCUAUGAUCGCUGAAGCAGAUCCUUCACAGCAUCAUGAUGAUUUCUCCACCCAACGAUUUCUAAGGGCUUUCAAAACGGCCGACGCCUCAUUUCAGGCAAUGCUCAAAUGUAAUAAAUGGAGGCGGGACUAUGGUGUGGAAUGCAUCUCACCAACUGAGGAGUGUAUUCAAAAGGAACUUAUAGCACAGAAGGCACUACUGUUAAUGCACAGAGAUAUCAUUGGCAGACCUGUGAUCUAUAUAGCGGCGAGGAAGCAUGAUGUUAACGAAAGGGACAUUGACGAAUUCACCAGGUUUAUAGUUUACACAUUGGAGAGAGCUUGCAAACGUUGUCACGACGAAAUCAUAGACAAUUUAUGCAUUGUAUUUGAUCUAAAGGACUUUAAACUAAGCUGUAUGGAUUAUCAGUUUGUGAAGAACCUCAUAUGGCUACUCAGUAAAUACUACCCAGAACGUCUCGGUGUCUGUCUCAUCAUCAAUGCUCCGACACUAUUCAGUGGCUGCUGGACUAUCAUCAAACAAAUGUUAAGUGAAGCUACAGCAGAAAAGGUGAAAUUUGUUGCUGAUGAGCAAGAUUUGUGCAAGUACCUCAUCCCCGAUAUUCUGCCUGAGGACACAUAGGCAGUGCUGCGAUAUAUAUAGAGCAGGUACCAGUAGCCUCAACGUGACAGCUCAGAGAUGGUGCCUGGCCCAGCAAAGCCAAUCACUUUGACCGACUGGGCAUUCUUUCAUGAAGGCGUUUAGCAGUGUUGACACUGACUCCCACCUAGCGCUAGUUAGUUACCAGUACACAGUUUAACAGUUUGAGUGUAACUGCAGACCCUUGGGGCAUAACACACUCGUGCUCUAAAUCGGCUUCAUAAACUUCCAUUCUAGUUCUCUGUUGCAUGGAAGUGCUCUUGUCUCGUAUGUGUCAUAUUGUUUAUUUUUGUCACCAGAUUUUGUAUUCAAGAACAAAGCGUUCAAAUUUAGUGCAAAUCGAGUAUUAGAGUCUCAUGUAUGGUUUAGAAUUCUGGGUUUACUUCAGAUAGAUGGGAUAUGAAAUCUGAGCUGGCCCAACAGUGUGUUUACUAUGUGACCACAUGUAGAUGUUUUUGUGAUCUGAGAUGUAGCACAAGGGCAUUUAGGAACAAAUUUUAAAGAGGGUUUGGGUGCGAAACAUCUGAGGAGGGGUGAUUUAGAAUCAUGACAGAAACCCUGUAGAUUAUUGAGUAUGUUGAUCAAGUGUAGUGAAUGUCAAGGUCAAAAUUAUGUUGAUGGAGAAUUUGUACAAAUGUUUGUCUCUAUGGCUCUAGGUCAACAUGUAGGCCUAGUUGAAGCAAUACAACGUGUUGUAUUUCUGUUUGCAGCUUUUACACAGGGCACUCGGCUUUUAUAUCUCCACUGUGAUGUGUGCUUGUUUAAAUGUUGUACAAUGUAUAAGGGUAGUUGAAUUAUAGAUCUGACUCUGUUAAGGAUUGCUCCCUGAUGUAAUGUCACCAUGUAUUAUGUGUUCAUGAAUUAUACAUGUCUCAUGGCUGUGAAUCACCAUGUUUUUAUCAUUCACCACAUUAAGGUUUAGGUUUGCAUCAAAGGUGAAAAUUGCUCACUGGUUUUUGUACUUACAACUUACAGGGUGUCCAAAUAAUGAUAUCUCAUUUGAUUUGACCAAAAUUGCAAGUUGUGGUCACAUGGCACUGUCAUCAGCGCUGACUCACGAUUGAAGCAUAAUCACUGUCAAAUUGUUUGGAGUUAUUUUUUGUGCAGCCUGUAUCAAAAUUUUAUCCUUAAAAAAAACAUCUGACCAAUAUUUUGUCAAUAUCUUAUAAGGACAUUUUAGGAUCUGCUCUCUGACAUCUUUAUGCACCUUGACUGUGUUAAACCUUAACCUAAUCUGGCAAAUUCUUGUAAUUAUUCCAUCCAAAUUUAUGUUGGAGGGAAUUUUAAGCUCACUUUUUGCAUCCUGCAACAUUUUUGAUAAAAUUUUCUGAGGGUGUUUUGUACAAAUUUAUAUUGCUAUGAUGAACCUUUAUAAUUAGGGAUAGUUUGUGACAUUAUCAGCAAUUUGUCUGUUGUUCUUCAAAACCAAGCAGAUCUGCUUCAGUUAGGGAAUAUAACGCUACGUGGGAAUGAUAGGAAAAUUUGGUGUGCAAACAAAAUGGAGAGUGCGAAAGCUUGGCUCUGGCAGCUAAAUUGUUGACGAUUUUUUAUGUGAUAGAACAUGCAUUAUCAUGGUGGACGUUAUCGAGGCCACCUAGUUUGUAGCAUUCGCACUACCUUUAUGGUGAAAACUGUUGUUUAAUUCACAAGUGUUUCACAUGGAAUCGCAUACAGUUGUUGUCGUAGCAUAAUCUAUAAUCGAGUUGUUGUCUAUUUGCAACUGUCAGAGUCAUUUGAAAGUCCUAGGAAUUCGGACCAUAUGUUGCAUGCAGUUUUCAAUGACUGGGACAGUUGCAAAACGUCAUCAACUCUGAUGAAAGUUAUGAUCUCAGUACUGCCUGUCUUUGUAGAAGUAUAGCAGUGUGAUUGUACGGUUUGUUGAAUGUUUGGUUUACAAUGAUUUUAGAUAUUCACAUUUGUGGUCACUAUUUGUUCUGUCUGCAUAGCAGUUUGCUAGAGGAUUGAAGACUUAUAAAAAACUACAAAUGUAGGGAUAGAAAUAUAAAAUCAAACCAGAUGGUUCAGUCAUAUGGUAAUAUAUCUCUUUUUGAGACUGUUUGACUGGGACUUAAAGUCUGUAUUAUUGUAGUGUUGGGCUGCGUGUCUUCCAGAAUAGAUGAGCCUGCUGUGUAUGAUCAAUGAUCAUGUUAAAUGUCAUCUCUAUUGAUAAAAGAAUGAGCUGUUCAACAUAUUCAGGGUUAAUUUUAAAAGGUUGAGUAGAAGCCUGUGUUGUGAUGAGAAUUGUGCUCUUUACACAGUGGUUUCAAAGUUGGUGUAAACAUUGCUUAACCAUUGAUUGAAGUUGGGGUAGAUAUCAUCAGUUUAACACUGUCGUCCAACCGACCAUAUAAAUAUGAAUGAAGAAGUAAAAAGUACUGCAAGUGUAUGUGUAUGUGAUUAAUAGGUGAUUGAGGGGGACUACAAGCCCAGUGUCGAUCAGAGUGGUUGCUCCUCAUCUGCCAGAUUCAAGACACACUUUUCCCCCAGUGUCUUUGAUCACAGCGCCAUCAUGCGGCAACAGCCACAUCAAGAUGCUGGUGCAAUCCAGUCCGCAUGAUGGUGCAGUGCAUUUGGCAAUAUCAUUUAAUUACUGUUAUGGUUUGUGGGUAUUGUGCAUGUUUACAAGUUGUCCUGGUCUCUUAACAUCUGUCUUGGGUUUAUUGCUCCCAAACAGUCAUACUGAGGUAGAAACUUGGGACGUCCGGUAGAAAGAAACCCGAUCUUUUGGACAGAUCUAACAUAUCACAACUCAGUAAUUUGGUAUUUUGCGACGAUGUAUUGCGCAGCAAUGAGGGUUUUAAUCAGGUUGCGAGUUUCCGGACACGAAUAUUGUUUGUUACGAUAUAGAAAUGUUGUUCAACU